AUGAUCGCCCGACCGCAUUUGCCCCCAGGCAAAAAGCGCAUCGCAAAUCCUCUUGGUCCCCGCGCUUCUACAAUCAUGUCCAAGGAGGCCCCUCUGUCGGUGGCAGAGCGUGACUUCAUUCUUGAUGCCCUGCACCAGAAUGUCCGUCUGGAUGGCCGGGGGCUGGACCAGUUCCGCCCGCUGAGCGUUUCCUUUGGCAAUGAGUAUGGCCAUGUCAAGCUGCGGUUGGGCAAGACCAGCAUUGUCGUGCGCAUCUCCGCUGAAGUCACCAAACCGCGCGACGACCGGCCCUUCGAUGGCCUCUUCAAUAUUUCUCUAGAGCUGUCUGCAAUGGGCUCACCAGCGUGGGAGAAUGGACGUUCCAAUGACCUCGAAGCAUACGUCUCUCACAUCCUCGACCGAGUAAUCCGCCAUUCCAAUGCACUCGACACCGAAUCUCUCUGCAUCAUCCAAGGCGUGAGCUGCUGGAGCAUUCGGGCAGACGUACAUGUCCUCGAUUUUGACGGCAAUCUGACCGAUGCAGCUUGCAUCGGCGUCAUGGCGGGUCUCCAACAUUUCCGACGUCCCGAUGCCGUGGUGAAGGAUGGACAGGUGGUGGUCUAUGGUGUGGAAGAGCGAGUCCCCGUGGCAUUGAAUAUCACACAGAAGCCGCUUUCGACAACGUUUCACAGCUUCGACGAGGGCAAAACGGUGAUUUUGGAUGCCACGCGGAAAGAGGAACAGGCGUCGGAGGGCGAGCUGGUGAUUGGAAUCAACAAUGCGGGUGAUGUCUGCUUUCUCUCCAAGUUUGCGGGCGACCCGAUUGACGCGCUAUUUGUGGUGAAUAAGUCGAAUGUGGCGCUGGAAAAAGUCAAGGAGGUCAACGCCAUUGUCGACAAGGUGCUGCAAGCGGACCUGGCCAGGCGGGCGAAGAAGGGUAUGGCCGAGGAGGCCAAGGCAGAGAAUGACCGCGAGGUAUCACCAGACGACCCUUUU